GAAUCAGCUGCGGAACCAAAGUUAUAGUUGUCGUUGUUUCUCCAGGGGUAGAAUCUGGUGUCACACCUCAUCGUCAGAUUCGCACUGGAUUCGCAUCUCGCAUGAAUGGAAAGAUAUUAGCUGUAAACGCCUUGACUUAGGAAUGGAAACUAGAUGCAAAGUUUUCCGAGUUAACAUUUUUAGUCGGUAUCUGUCGAUUUAACGUGGGAACGGUGUUCCUUUUAUUCAGCUAUAAAGUGCUGUCUGUUUGUUUGUGUGUAGAGUGGAAGCUAAGUAGCUGCUAGCCUAGCUAAAACUACCAGUCAGGCUAGGUAACGUUAACAUUACCGUUAGCCUGCGAGCUAGUCAGCCCUGCUCCAAAAACAUUGACCAAAAACAGAGCAGAGAUGGUUGAAAGUAUAUUUGACCUCCCGGUGGAGAAGCAGAUAUUUUAUGCUGUUUUGGGAUUUUCGUGGACGGUGUAUCUAUGGGAGGCAUACCUUUCUUACAGACAGAGGAGGAUAUACAGUUCAACAACUCAUGUGCCACAGGAACUUGGGAAGAUCAUGGAUUCUGAAACAUUCGAGAAGUCACGUCUUUAUCAGCUGGAUAAAAGCAACUUCAGCUUUUGGUCUGGACUCUAUUCUGAGACUGAAGGGACGCUGAUCCUGCUCCUGGGUGGAAUCCCAUUUCUGUGGGGUGUCGCUGGUUCUGUGACAACUCGCAUAGGAUUCGGUUCAGAGUACGAGAUCACCCAAUCACUCGUGUUUCUGACGCUUGCCACCCUGUUCAGUGCCUUUACUGGACUUCCCUGGAGUGUGUACAACACAUUUGUCAUUGAGGAGAGGCAUGGCUUUAAUCAGCAGACGUUGGGGUUCUUCCUCAAGGAUGCUGUGAAGAAGUUUAUUGUGACCCAGUGUAUCCUGCUCCCUGUCACCUCGCUUCUCCUGUACAUCAUCAAGAUUGGUGGAGACUACUUUUUCAUCUAUGCCUGGCUCUUCACCCUGGCUGUUUCUCUGGUGCUUGUAACAAUCUAUGCUGACUACAUUGCUCCCCUGUUUGACAAGUUUACUCCUUUGCCAGAAGGAGAGCUGAAAACAGACAUUGAGGCUAUGGCCAAGAGUAUAAGCUUCCCCCUCACAAAGGUUUAUGUAGUUGAAGGUUCUAAGCGUUCGUCACACAGCAAUGCUUACUUCUAUGGGUUCUUCAAGAACAAACGCAUUGUGCUGUUUGACACUCUGCUGGAAGACUACUCGCCUCUCAACAAGUCUGGGGAGCCACAGCCGGAGCAGCCAGAGACUGGUGAUACAUCCAGCGAAUCAAAAGCCAAGCCCAAGAACAAGAAACAAGGAUGCAACAACGCAGAGAUCCUUGCAGUCCUUGGUCAUGAGCUUGGCCACUGGAAGCUUGGCCACACUGUUAAGAAUAUCGUCAUCAGUCAGAUGAAUUCCUUCUUGUGCUUCUCCCUGUUUGCUGUUCUGAUUGGGCGCAAGGAACUGUUUGUAGCUUUCGGCUUCAAUGACAGCCAACCCACAUUAAUAGGCUUGAUGAUUAUCUUCCAGUUCAUCUUCUCCCCGUACAAUGAGCUCUUGUCCUUCUGUCUGACAGUCCUGAGUCGCAGGUUUGAGUUCCAGGCAGAUGCUUUUGCACGCGCCAUGGGCAAAGCCUCCGAGCUCUACUCUGCCCUCAUCAAGCUCAACAAGGAUAACCUGGGCUUCCCCGUGGCUGACUGGUUGUUCUCCAUGUGGCACUAUUCCCACCCUCCCCUCCUGGAGCGCCUCAGAGCGCUGGGCAGCAUCAAGCAGGACUGACGGGGCUGGAAGGGGGAGGGGCGACCGCUGCCUCCUCCAAAGGGCCUCCGCAGACCGCUCCUGGCCCUGUGAUGCACCAUGGUCCUUUUCUACCUAUCUGCCUCCCCCCUCCCUCAUCUUUUUUUAUCUUGUUUUAGUCAUUUCUCUACUCGCCAUACUUUCCAUUUUGUUCCCUUUGAAACUUUGUUUUAAACAAAACCAAAACAUAUCAGCACAAGCCAGCCUAAAAGAAAUCUUAAGCCUGAAGUGAAGUCUCCGCUCUUUCUCCAGAGACACCUAAUAUGCACUUGCUGAGAGCAAUACUUCUGGGCAAUGUGUGUUUAGCAAAAGCUAUUUUCAGAGCACAGGUCACAUUUUGCAGAUUGACCUGAAGGUUUAGUUUUUGAAAAUAUUUAAUUUCUGUACAAUUUGAUUACAAUUUAAAUUGAUUGAAUUUUUCUUUUCUAUGCAGAAGAUAAAGUUAUGAAGACGGACUAAUUUCAAAACCUGAAAUUGACUUACAUGAUUAAGUGUGUCUGUUGUGAUGUGUACAUGACAUCCAACUGUUAAAGUCUUGGGGUUAUUUUUUAAGCUUAUAAAGUGGUUAAUCCUACAAGUAUACUGAGUUUUAUAUUGUGGAUUAAAAAACAAACUAAAAGACAUGAUGGACAACUUCAAUCAUACUCAUGACAAUGCUUUUUGCAGAUACACAGGCCAGAAUUGGAUUUGCAACUAUUGCUUCUUUAGAAAUGUCGCCAGGCAAGCUCAAGAGUAAAAAACGUUAAUCUAGUCAUCAACUCAAAUUCUCAGUUAUGCAAGAGGAACUGCUUUCUCACAGUAGUAAAAAAAAAACGGGACUUCUAGUUAUCUGUUUUUGUUCAGAUGCAUUGGAUACAUAAUGAACAGAGCAGUGCAGAACAUUUUAUUUGAAAUUAGGUUAGACUUUUCAUUUUUUUACAUGAACUAGGAGGAUCUUGUUUUAUUUUUUCUAAAGCACUUGCUUGCCGACAAGUUUCCAACCAUGCCUGUACAUAUGUAACUUUAAUGAGUAGAGUAAUGUCGUAUGAUGUGAAUUGUGAAAAAUGUUGAAUGUGGUUUGAAAUUUUAAGUUGAUGCAGUGUUUUUUAGUUUCUUCUCUUGUUUAUGGGCCGGAGGGAGCCCAGAGUUGCCUGGCAAGCAACGUAUUUAUAGGUGACUUGGGCAAGGUGGUCUGCGAGGUUCCUUUCACCACAUAAGCCAGGGUUUGGUUUGUUCAGCGAGGGGACUCUGUACUUUCUUUGCUGCAUUGAAUAAAAUUCCUUCAAAGCAUU